AUGAUCACUAAACUGUUUUUAAUAUUCCCCCUGCUGUUUGUGGCAGCAAACGCUACUCUGGGAACGCAGGUGAUCAGCUAUGACAACAAACAGAUGCUGCGUCUGAUUGAGGACUUCAAUGGAACCGUUUCCGAGCAGCUUUUCCUGGUGGCAGCCACUUGGGGGAAACUUAAAGCCGACUACCCGAGGGACGUGGCCAAAAUCGAGGACUUGCAGGAGACCCUAGAGCGCGUGGUGUGUCGAAAGGAGAGCAAUGUGACAGUUCGUCACCAUCUACAGGGCUAUCUCAUUCGCGAGCAGAUCCGCGAGCAUCUGGAGAUAGUGAAUGCCACCGAUCUGUUCCGGCAAGCCUUGGCUUCAGAGGAGCACGAAGUGGGAAAGUGGCAGUUGGCCAUAGGCCAGCAUUCCCGGAAAUUGCAUUGUCUCUUUAAGCCAGAUCAACUGAAUAGGAUUCUGGAAAGAGUGCUUCGCAAGGUCUACACUUUGGAGGGUUCGACGAAGCUGGCUGCGUUCUUUUACCAGCUUUACAUGUCCGGAAACCGGAACUCCUACUACCUAAUGGUCCAGGCGGAACUGAUGCUUUACGAUCGCUACAGGAGGGGCGGGGAAGUCAGCCAGGAGUUCAGCGGCUACAUGGCAAAACUCUGGCAGAGCAUCCAAAUGGACGAGUUCUAUUCGGGCCAGGAUCAAAAUAUUAAGCAAAGACUGGUUGAUGCCGUAAUUGAUCUCCUCAAAUUCCUAUAAAAACCAAUAGCCCGCUUAUUAAGACUUCAGUUGUGUGAACUUUAUUCGGUGUGUUUUGUAUGUUCGAGUGCUUUAAUACUUUGAUUUGAAUUGUGUUUUUGUUUCUCUAGCAUCUGAGAUAAUUACAUAGGUGAAGGCUUGUGUUCUUUACAUUAAAAUAUCAUGUUGUACAUAGACUA